AACACAGAAGUGAUCCGAAAGUGUCUGACCACUGGACUCGUGUUCAAUACAGCUUUCCUUCAAAAGGACGGCACCUAUAAAACUAAACUGACCAAAAAUGAGGUGUAUAUCCACCCAUCCUCGUGUCUCUUUGGUUCAAAACCUGAAAAUAAGAUCUCAUCUAUUUUGAUGUACUUCUGCAACUGCGAGACGUCAACCGUCUCUCCACUGCUUUCUGAUCCCAAAAACUUCUUCAAAUUCUUAAUUCUCUUCACUUCACUCGGCGUCCGAAUAUAG